UGUGGGCAUCCCUGAGAGCGACUCUGGGCUGAGAAAAGAGAGAGAGACUCACACAGGCAAAGUGAGACAGAGAGAGAGAGAGAGCGCAAAAUACACGCAGACCCCCAACAUCACCUAGACCACGUGCUCCAUCCAGCACAACGAGGGGUGGAGGACGCACAAGUACAAGCGCGUCCAUGCGUGCCGAGCUUAACUAGACAGCAAACGCGCACGCACACGCCGCGAAUCCAACAAUUGGAAUAAGAGUUUAUCUUGAGAACUCUUUAAAGACGAAACACCGCUCUGCUACGAGAACCAAGACCGCCGAUGUGAGUACACGGUAAGAAGAGCCAUGCAUCUCAACAGGGAAGAAGAUAACAACAAAGGCUCAGUGUCUCUCAGUGUAUUCCUGGUGUCGGUCCUGUCCGUCAUAUGUGCCGUUUGGCUGGUCGCUCUAUGUGGCGUCUGCACCUGGUGUCAACGUAAACUGGGGAAGAGGAAUAAGCCCGGGGUGGAGGCUGCCAGCUCCCCAGAUUCUGUGAGAGGUCGAGGGGAAAAUAAAGCCAUCAACCACAAUGAUCUGGACAGAGACUUUUGGAAUAACAAUGACAGCAGCAACGUGCAGCAGAGAUGGACUUCCUACCCGCCCAAGGAGUUCCUCUUAAACAUGUCUCCCUAUGCUCCCUACGGAGACCCUCGCCUCACGCCCAACGGGGCCGUGGAUAAGGGUGGGCAGGGCGGUGCUGGACCCUCGCCGGGGGCCAGUGACAGCGGGGGUGGUGCUUGCUCUGGGGCUGGGCCCAGUCGCAGUGACAGCGUUCGAAGCAUGCUGAUGGGGGGCGGCAAGGCCGGGCGCUGGCAGACGGUCCAGAGCCACAUGCAGGCUGGAGGUCUACGUUUUGGCAAUUUUGGGGACGCUUCCCUCUCGUCUGCUUCCACCCUGGAGCACAUCCCGUCCUCGGCCGUGGCGCGCCCUCGGCCCUUGGUCCGGCAGCAGAGUCUCCAGCAGCCCCUCACUCACCAGCCCCCUCCGGGCCCAAACGACCCCCCAGUCACCUCGCAGAGCCUGGGCCAGCUGCACACUGGUCCAGGCGGCGGGGGCCACCGCGGGGGCCCGCGAGGCGUCCGGGGGAGCCCGGCUGGAGCCUCCCGGUACAGAGGUGGAGGGGCGGGUCGAUCAAGGUCAAAUCCUGGCAGCUGGGAUCACAUGAUGGAGCAGAUCCGCCACAGAGGGCUGGACGUCAAGUCGUUCUUUGAGGGGAAGAUGGUUGUUCUGUCUCUAGCUAUCGGGAUGGCUGAACAGGAUGACUUUGCCAACCUGCCAGAUCUGCAGGAAGCGCCAGCAAGCAAAGAAAACGAAACCACACCAGAAAAGAGGACUGCGGGUAACAAAGCAGGUAGCAGUCCCAGGGGUCAAACCCCAGACGAGAGCGGACGGCGCCACGAUGGCAACUCCUCUGUUUCUGACUUGGCCAACUCCGUCACCAGCGACAUGCACAUGUUAUCUCCAGGUUCGGAGGAAGAUGACCACGAGGGUCCAGUGUGUGAGAAGCUGGGUCGUGUUCAGUUCAGCGUUGGAUACAGUUUUCAGGACUCUACCCUCACUGUUAAAAUUCUCAAGGGGCAGGAUUUGCCCGCUAAAGACUUUUCCGGCACAUCUGAUCCGUUUGUCAAACUCUACCUGCUGCCGGACAAGAAGCACAAGCUGGAGACCAAAGUCAAGAGGAAAAAUCUGAACCCCCACUGGAAUGAGACCUUCCUGUUUGAAGGGUUCCCUUACGAGAAGGUGGUCCAGAGGACUCUAUACCUGCAGGUUCUUGACUACGACCGUUUCAGCAGGAAUGACCCCAUAGGAGAGGUGUCCGUCCCCCUCAACAAACUGGACCUGGCCAACAUGCAGACUUUCUGGAAGGAGCUCAAACCAUGUAGCGAUGGCAGCGGGAGUCGGGGGGAUCUGCUGGUGUCUCUGUGCUACAACCCCACAGCUAACACCAUCACUGUCAGCAUCAUCAAAGCCCGCAACCUCAAAGCCAUGGACAUUGGAGGCACUUCUGACCCUUACGUAAAAGUGUGGUUGAUGCACAAGGACAAGCGUGUGGAGAAGAAGAAGACGGUGGUGAUGAAGCGCUGCCUGGACCCUGUUUUCAACGAGUCCUUCCCCUUUGACGUGCCUGCACACGUGCUGAGGGAGACCACCAUAAUUAUCACCGUGAUGGACAAGGACAGACUGAGUCGCAAUGAUGUCAUUGGAAAGAUCUAUCUUUCAUGGAAGAGUGGCCCUGCAGAGGUAAAACACUGGAAAGACAUGAUGGGUCGUCCUCGUAACCCUGUGUCCCAGUGGCAUGCUCUCAAGGCCUGAGGGACCCAGCAACCAGUCUGCCUGCCUGUGGGACCCAGCAACCAACCUGCCCCCCCCCCCCUUUAGCACAUGUCCACCCCUCCUGCAGUUUUGGGCUGCAGGCAAUGAGUGUCAUCUCUUUGUUCUCAGGCUUCUUUGAUAUCCCCCCCUUCGUCCUCUUGACACCAUCCCUAGAUUUCACCCUUGUUAAGUUAGAAUUGGGCCCCUCAUCCCCGUCUCACCUUUUUUAGAACUUAAAAGAGUAUUUGAUGACUUCACUCAGCUCGUCCUCGUGACUUCUCGUGUCGACCGCUCCCCAGUGUUUAACAUCCGAGCAGCACCUCCUGCCACCCAUGAAUACAAACUACCCACCAGGAAUGGAUCAAAGUAAUAUUCCAGCCAUCAUAUGUGGCGGCGAGACAGGGUUCAUUUAAACAUGCACCAGAGCUGCGUGACUCAUUUGCCACCUUCAUCCAGUGUCGCAGUGAGGAGUCUUCCACUCUGCUCCUCGGCCCUUUGUUCUCUCACUGUCACGACUCCUCCUUUGAAUGCCUGAAAAACCAGGAAAACCUACACAGGCAAUGGAAGAGUGAUGAUGAGAUGAAUUACUGUAAGUGGAACAGGACUCUUGUUCAUGUUUUGAUCUUUUUUGAUUUUUCUCUGGCCUCCUCCCGUGGCGGAGAACCCUUCGUUGUACGUGCGUCCUGUGGGUGAUGUGCUGUAACCCCAAUUUAAGUUCUUCAACAAAAAAACCAAUAAGCAUAUGAACAUUUAUUGCUGGUCUGAUAGGGCAGGUGCCCCCAACCCCCCCCACAACUUUUUCUUUAAAAAAUAAAUCCUGAUGGACAGGGGAAAAAAAGAAUAAAGUAAUUAAUGUUGUGUUUUUUGUUUCACAAAAGAACUUAGUAUCAACUUGUUCUUCCAGACACUGAAAAUAAGCAAAAAGCCAGCUUCCAUAUGUGUUGAGGUGUGGGUUAAUGCGUCUGUGUUUGAGUGUGUGUGUGUGUGUGUGUGUGUGUGUGUGUGUGAAUGAAAGUAUUUAGGUCUUGAACAGCUGGACUAAGAUGUGUUUGAAAAUAGUCCUUGAUAGCAAUGAUAAUAAGAUAUUGUUAGAAUUUCUGAUGUUGAAGUAGUAAAGGCCUGGGGAGGUCACUGAGGUUAAAGGGUCAGUCCACUCAAAACACAGACACACGUACAGCAUUUUCUAAUAUAUCUUUAGUAGUAUUAAGCCAGGCGAAUAGUUUCAGAUGUUUUCUUGGAGUUUAACGCCCUAAAAUCUCGGUUGCCACCUCAAAGACAAAGAGGAUGAAUGAUGAAGUUUAAUUACAGCAUUUGAAAACCGCAGUAUGAAUGGUUUACACUUUGAAAACAACUGACAACAACAAUCGAUCCAUCAAUAAUUUGACAACAUCGGGAAAAACUUGUAACUUCUCACAUGCUUUUUACUGUUGUUUUUUCACCACUUACACAUACACAUAAUACUGUAUGAUUUGGGUAAACUGACCAUUUCUGUAUGCAGUCAAUAAAUCACUUAGUUGUGUAACAGACCGUGCUAUGUUGAAUAUGUUAAUGUGAAUGUGUUUUGAAAUCGGAUAAUAAUAAAUCAUUUAUAUAAAUAAAACAAACUAUCCGUGCAUUACACCUUUAAUAGCCAUUAAGGCCAUUUCUACAAAACACUACAACAAUAUCACCUUGUUUUUAUUUGCUUUAACCAAUAACAAGUCAGUCUUCCAGUUGUUUGCUUCUCUGCCUGAAUGUGACCUCCCCAAUUCCCAUAGAGACAUGGAGGAAACAAACGAGAGAGGGAAAAAAAUGUUUUUAAAAUGCACUGUUGGUUUCUGUCUUCUGGAUGUGUGUAUAUGUGAGAGUGUUGAUAUUUGAACUUUAGUUUGUGUCAUUUUAUUUACUAUGAGUCCCUGUGUGUGUGUGUAUAUAUAUAUACAUCUGCACUGCGUUCCAUUUUUCCAGGUUAAUACAGAACAACAUUGUUUACCGUUUUUUUUCUGUAUGACACAAACCAGUUGUAUAGAUAAAUGUUAUCACUUCUUUACAAAUCACUGCACUUGAUGACGAUGCUGGAACAAACCUCUCUUUACGGGACUUUGGUUUGGGAGGGAGGCAAAACUGUUUUUUUCAUGAGCUGGAAAAGGAAAAAAUAUCAACGUUAGAAGAGAUAAAAACCUGUUUUUCUUGACCAUACUUAAUCAUGAUUAGUUUAGACAGAAGCAGCUACCAACAUUUUGUCCCGUCUGUCCUUCUGAUCCCAGAAACGAAAGGUGGCACCAGCUGACGUCCCCCCUUAAACCCCCCCUCCCCGUCGCGCACACAUGCUUUCUGGCACAAAGUGUCCUGUGUGUGCCUUACAAACCCUGCCACACCUUGCUCCUCACCAUAUGCGCUCCCCCUCACCCAGUGUCAGGGGGGGGGGAGGGGAAAAAAAGGUGAGACGGGAGAUAAUCAUCACCUCUUUGCAUCACCUUUAGCUACGUCUCAGGUCAGAGAAGAGCAUCAGAGUGUCCCAAAAUAACCGGGAACACAGUCAUCUGUCUGUCCUGAUGGCCAUGUGUGAGUAACAAGGCAUUAUUAUCCGUGCUGCUGACAAAGCAUUACAUUCCAAAGGCGUAGUGGAAGUCACUUUAAUCAAUGCAACUUCAAUACUAUUCAAUAGUAAUAGUACAGUCAGGGUUUGGUAUAUUUUAGUUUUGUAAAAUCGAGCAACAGUAUGGAUGUCUGCACUCUUCACUGGCCAAAUACGGUUUACGGCAUUCUCUUGGGGGACUGAUUCAGACAAAGAGAGGUUAACCAGCAACAUUUUAAUUGGUAUAAACUGUACAAAUGAUUGUGAAGUGUCCUGUAUGAAAAUAAUGAAGAAAAAAAAAAUCAUCAGUAUUUACUGGGGUUGUUGAUAUCUGUCUGUCCUUGGUAUCACUCAGCCGCCUCUUUCACUCCCUUUUCUUUUUGUAGUUAAACAUCUGUGGUGUGCACAAUGUUAAAUAUCAACCAUUUAUUUUUUGAAAUCUGUACAGUGUAUAUAAAAAUAUAGAUGUGUACAUAAAACAAAGAUACUUCUGG